CAAGCUGACUGGUUGGCUUGGGACACCAGCAAUACAAAGGGAACUCUGCAUCGUAAAAAGGGUUCGUUGAAUAUUAGGGAACUUCCUGACCCCCCUCAUCCCGCUGCUACGCAAUCACGCUGUACGAGUGGGUGGGGCCUCGAGUGCAGCCGCAUUGUUGUUGGGGGAGAGGGCAGCCCGGAGCAGCUGCCGUUCGUUAUUAGAAAGCGGACAGUUAAAUGCACAAAUGUUUUUUUAUACAAAUACUUAAAUGCCGCAGAUAGAACCGAGGCCAGAAUCUGGACGGUUGCCGCGGAUACCACGCUUUAUCUUUCACAUUUUCAGUUGAAAGCUCGAGCGGCGUCCGUUGGAUGAGAAGACUGUGCGGAAUCUCAGGCGCUCUGCAGGCCAUAUCGCCAUUGCUUUUUACCAGCGCUACUGUCUUCGGCAAAAGCUUGGGAUCUCUGAGGUCGUCGGCAUGAAGAAGAAAGCCCGGAAUCCCCGGGCGCCGCAGCGGGCCGCCUCCCCCAUCCGGCCCUCGCCCAACCGGGAGACGCUGACGUACGCGCAGGCGCAGCGCAUGGUGGAGCUGGAGCUGGACGGGCGCGUUCACCGCAUCGGCAUCUACGACAAGCUGGAGGUGGUCGCGGACGACGACCCCACGGCCCAGGAGAUGCUGGAGUGCAACAGCAACAAGGAGAACAGCGAGAAGCCCCAGCAGGCCCCGGUGCGCUCGGCGCGGCUCAAGAGCAGCCGGGAGAAGAGGAACGCGGCCCUGAGCGAGGCGCAGGCGGCGCCGCCCGCCCCCGCGCUGCCCGAGCCGCGGAUCCGCACGGUGGAGUACAACCUGCCCGCCGUGCCCCGCCGGCCCGCCGCCUACUUCACCUACGCCGAGAAGACGGCCGAGGAGCUGGACGAGGAGGUGGAGUACGACAUGGACGAGGAGGACUACGCCUGGCUGGACCUGGUCAACGAGAAGAGGCGGGCCGACGGCUUCAGCCAGGUCUCCCAGAACGUCUUCGAGUUCCUCAUGGACCGCUUCGAGAAGGACUCCUUCCUGGACGGCCAGGGCCGGGGCGGGCGGGAGCCGCUGGUCGACGAGGACGCCGUCUGCUGCGUGUGCAUGGACGGCGAGUGCCACGACAGCAACGCCAUCCUCUUCUGCGACGCCUGCAACCUGGCGGUGCACCAGGAGUGCUACGGCGUGCCCUACAUCCCCGAGGGCCAGUGGCUGUGCCGGCACUGCCUGCAGGCCCCCUCCCGGCCCGCCAGCUGCGUGCUCUGCCCCAACCGGGGCGGGGCCCUCAAGAGGACCGACGACGACCGCUGGGGCCACGUGGUGUGCGCCCUGUGGGUGCCCGAGGUGGGCUUCUCCAGCGCCGUCUUCGUGGAGCCCAUCGACGGCGUGCGCAGCAUCCCGCCGGCGCGCUGGAAGCUAACGUGCUACCUGUGCAAGGAGAAGGGCGUGGGCGCCUGCAUCCAGUGCCACCGCGCCAACUGCUACACCGCCUUCCACGCCAGCUGCGCCCAGAAGGCCGGGCUCUGCAUGAAGAUGGAGCCCGUCAGGGAGGGGGGCGGCGGCGGCGGCGCCUUCUCCGUCAAGAAGACGGCCUACUGCGGGGCGCACACGCCCGGCGGCUGCGCCCGCAGGCCCCUGGCCAUCUACGAGGACGGCGAGGCGGAAAACGGGCGCGCUCGGGUGGGCGACGCGGGCGGCAGGAGGACGAGGUUGAAAAGCAGGAAGAAGAAGAAGAAGAGCAAGAAGGCCGUGUGUGAGCCUCAGGCCGUGGUCCCAGCCGUGACUGUGCCCAGUAUUUCACCAGAGAGGUUGAACACCAUCCUCGGUCAGGUGUCUGUCCAGAAGAAGAAGGUGUUUGUCGAGCGGGUGCUCAGCUACUGGAUCCUGAAGAGGCAGUCGAGGAACGGCGCCCCGCUGAUCCGGCGCCUGCAGUCCAGCGUGCCGUCCCAGAAAACGGCCCAGCCGAGGGAGACGGAGGAGGAGAGCCGGGCGCUGAAGGAGCAGCUGAAGGACUGGCACCGGCUGCGGCACGACCUGGAGAGAGCCCGCCUCCUGCUGGAGCUCAUCCGCAAGAGGGAGAAGCUCAAGAGGGAGGAGAUGAAGCUGCAGCAGUCGGUGCUGGAGGUGCAGCUCACCCCCUUGACGGUUCUGCUGCGGGCCGUCCUGAACCAGCUCCAGGAGAAGGACCAGGCCAGGAUCUUCGCCCAGCCUGUCAGCGUCAAAGAGGUCCCGGACUACCUGGACCACAUCAAGCGGCCCAUGGACUUCUCCACCAUGCGGAAGCGCGUGGAGGCCCAGGGCUACCGGAGCCUGGAUGAGUUCGAGGACGACUUCAACCUCAUCGUGGCCAACUGCAUGAAGUACAACGCCAAGGACACCGUCUUCUACCGCGCGGGCGUGCGCCUGCGCGACCAGGGCGGGGCCCUGCUCCGGAAGACCCGGCGGGACGCCCUGGCCACCGGGUUCGACUUCCAGAGCGGGAUGCUCCUGGCCGAGCCGCCCAAGCAGGAGGCUCCGCCCCCGUUCGCCUGGGAGGACGUUGACCGGCUGCUGAAUCCAGCCAAUCGGGCGCACCUGUCUCUGGAGGAACAGCUGAAGCAGCUCCUGGAGAAGCUCGACUUGACAUUUGCCAUGAAAUCGAGCCCGUCGCGGAGCAAGCGCCUCAAGCUGCUCAAGAAGGAGAUCGGCGACGUCCGCUGCGAGAUGAGCCUGAAGAAAGCCCCGCCCUCCAAACCGGAGAGCGGCCAAUCGGAUGCGAAGGAGGCGAGGCCUGCUGAGCAGAGCCUAGUGGAGGACGGGGACAAGUCCGUGCCGCCAAAACUGGAGCCGUCGGAUUCGUCGCCGCCUCCUGUGAACGCGGAGAGCGACCCGGAGCCGCCGAAGCUGAAGCCCGUCGAGCGCCAGCUCAGCUCGGAGAGCAAGUGCCACAAGUCUGUCAAGUUCAACGGCGAAGGCGGCGCCCCCUUGAGUUCGGAGGCGAAAGUGAACGGGCACGCCUCCGACGGCGAGGGGGGUGUCGUGACGGCGGCCCCCGCCCCGGCGGAACCCGCCAACCCCGUGGGCAGGCGCACGGCCGUCCUCUUCCGCAAGUCCAAGAGCCCGGCGAAGCCCGCGGGGCCCCGCGAGGCCCCGCCCCCCCGGCCCCAGCUGGGCACCAAGACCUUCCUCUCCGUGGUGAUCCCGCGCCUGGAGACGCUCCUGCAGCCCCGCAAGAGGUCCCGCAGCGCCAGCGGCGACAGCCAGCCCGGGGACACGCCCGCCAGCAAGCGCCUUCGCCAAGGGCUGUCUAACGGCUUUGUCGUCGCCCAGGAGAAAGAGCUCAUUCCCAGCAGGCAGCUGGAGCCUCGCCGGAGGUGCGCCUCUGAGUCCAGCAUCUCCUCCAGCGGCAGCCUGCUGUGUAGCGCCAGCGGCGUCAGUCUUCCGAAGUGCGGGAGGGGCAGGUCGGCGGCCGCGCGGAGGAAGACCACGGACGACAAGAAGGAGCUGGUGGCCCGCGUCGGGACGGGGGGCCUGGCCAAAGCGGCGCGGCUCGCGGCCGAAGUUGGCAACAACAAUAUGUGGAUGUCCACUAGUGCCACAACUGUUGCACUGGAACCUCUAAAACUAGUUUGGGCAAAAUGUAGCGGAUAUCCUUCCUACCCUGCCCUGAUAAUCGACCCCAAGAUGCCCCGGGCGGGCUGUCGCCGCAGUGGGGCCUGGAUCCCGAUGCCCCCCCUGAGCGUGCUCCGGGUUGGAGAGCAGAUGCAGUACAAGUCCGGAGAGAAACUCUUCCUCGUCCUCUUCUUCGACAACAGACGCAGCUGGCAAUGGCUUCCUAAAUCCAAGAUGGUUCCGCUGGGGAUGGACAAAGCCGUCGACCAGGUGAAGAUGGCGGAGGGCCGCACCUCGAGCGCCCGCAAGGCCGUGCAGACCGCCUUCGACCGCGCCGCUAGCUACCUGAGCCGCGCGCGUGACGAGCCGGCCAGCGACCUGAGCGACCUGGACUGAACCGCACACGCCUCGCCCCGCCCCCCGGGGGCCUCGUCCGGGACGCCCCCGACCUCACUGUUUACCCGCCGGGCGUUUUGGGGGGUCCGCCCCGCGCCCGUGCCGUCCCACCCCCCACCCCUCUCCCAGCCUCGCUGGUCUGAUGGCUGGGCUACUCAGAGAAUGUUCCGGAGAGUUUGAAAUCCUCCGCGACCGUGCUGCAGGACUGCUGGACGAACGCUGUAAACCCUCACUGCCAUGACUCCAUUUCCCAACAUCCUCUCUGUUUCCACUAGUGAAUAGCUCUGUAUUUAAUGCACUGUGUAAAUACCUGUACAUUGGCCGACACUAACUUAUUCUGUAGGGGUUUAUUUUUUUUGUUGUUACUUUUAUCGGAACUGUAUAUUACUUUUCUUAAUAUUUAUACGUAUCGGUGAUUAUGUUCUCAAUAUGCCGCAGUCUUUGGUGCUAUAAACAAUGUCAAGUCCGAGUUAAAAUGGAGGACUCGAGCGUGGGCUGAAACAUACUGUACUGAAAAGUAUUUCAGUAACUUUUUUCCAUUUGUUUUUUCUCAUAAGUUAUUGAAGUUUAUUUACAUCGUAAGCUUCUCCACGUGGCAUUAACGUUUGAAUAUUAUUUUGUACGAGAAUGUUUUUGUUUUUUUUCUUGAGAAUUUUAGUGUGUUUUGUUUGUACAUAUUUAUACAAAUCUAUAUCUGUAAACUUCCAAUCGUCACAUGCAAAAUCUAUCGUAGCUAUGGAAACCGAAAGUGCGUCGUUCUUAUGAAACCAAAAAUAGUCGUUGCCCAGAUUUUUUAUUUCUGUUUUUUAAACCUUCAGUGUGAUUGUGUGGUUUGAAAGGUGUACUGUUAAACUGUCUCCUCCUUCCUUUUUUACUCGGUGGUGUUUUUUUUUUGACUGUGUUACAGGGACCUGUUGUAACUAAAGGAGGACAUUUUUAUUUAUUGUACACACAAAAUAUUUGCAUUACUUUAUAUCCGGAGAAAUUGUAAGAGCUAAACCGAAGGGCACACUCAGCUAGUUGUGUUGAAAUUUUACUUUCAUUAUAAAUGACAGCGUGUUAUUCAUAUCCUGUGAUUUUACUGGUUGAAUGGUGGAGUCUGUGAUGUUUAUUUAGUAGGGUCCUGGGUAGCCAUGGAUACAGUUUUGAAUACAUUUUGUAUGGUUUAUCUGUACCAUUUUAUUUUUCUUUGGGGAAAACCACGUUAGGUACUGGAAGUGGUUCCUGGGAUUUCCCAGUAAGUUUAAUUUUUUAUAUAUAUAUAAAUGACUAUAUAUAGCUCUGUAUUCAUAUUAAUAUGAAUACAUGAAUACAUAUAUAUACACACACUGAAACAUUUCUGGUUGAUCUUAAUAUGUCGUGGAAGAUUGAGAUCUAUGAUAAGUGAGCAAGGGUAGAGAGAAAAAAAUCAAUGUGUCCACACUGUCUAUGCCAAAGUAGUUUAUUUUAUCUGCUUGCAAAUACAAGGUUGAGUUGCAAGGGUUUUUUUUUUUUUAAAGAAAGAAAAUAUUUAAGUGUAAUGAUUGUUUUUUGUUAAAAAUAACAAAAAAAAACAUGAAAUGUGAUCUAUUCUGUAGUGGGGGUGUUGGAGUGCAGAACAUCCACCAGACGGCGCCAUUGCACUGCGCCAAAAUGGAGAGAUUUAUGGGUACCGAGGGCCUUGCUUUCUGUUGCGCUAUGCUUCUGUCAAGACAUAAUGGUGACCGGUUAGCCAGCUGUGUGAGGGGGUUUUGAACUUUUAUGGCACGAUGGAUCAAAUUAUCUUUGGAAUCAGUGCAUAAGUUGACAGGUUCGUGGAAUCAAAGUUGAGGCGUGAGGUCACUGAACAGACGAGUGUAAUGAAAGCAUUUAUUCUAAUGGACCCUUUUCUACGAGCAGGGACUUGGAAUUGCCAGUACCCGUACUAAGCAAGGCUGAGCUUGGCUGAUUGGUACAUGGUUGGGCAGUCAUGCAUACCAGCCUUGUAUCUCUCCGCUAAUAAACCUGGCAAAAGCUGUGAAAGUCGAGAGUUAUAAACAGGGAUGCACCACCUUCAGUGCAGUUUGCUGCGGCAGCACCGUUUCACCGUACACUCAAACAGACGCUGUAGCCGUUCUAGCUCGUCAGCAGGAAACAACGCUCAGGGAAGGCAAAUUAGCCAGAGGAGGGGGGCGUGUCAUACUUGUAAUACUUGUGCAACCAGCCCUCGGGGAAUUCCACCGCUUUCAUUUCCACCUGUGCCUAUCACUCCUGCCAGUAGUACUGCUCCCAGAGCGUGAGUUAGGCCCUGAGCUCUGGAGAGGGUCCCACCAUCUGGCGAUGGAGGCUAACCUACGGGAGAGUCCUGUGGUAAAGGACGCGGUCUUGUUCUUUUGCCAGUAGGGGGCAGUCUUCCCUCUCAACCGAGUGGAAAAAUCAGUGCCGCUGUGUUGUAGCCGACUCGUCGCGGUCAGUAACAAUCGCUUGGUGUUUAUUACAAAGAGUAGAGGUUUGCCUGGUGUCCUGGCGAAGUUAUCUACACCAGUCUGACCGUCGAAUCAUCUCCCGGUUUAAUUGGAUUAAUUCCCCAGGUUGUUAGUUUAGCUGAUGUAUAGGCAGUUCCCCAAAAUGGUGUGGUUGCUGCUCAUUGGUGAUGGAUCGAGGUGAGCUUCCACCACUUCCUUGGUCUCCAGUAUAUGAAUUCAAACCCUUAUGACGACUUUGGUUUUCCAUUUUUGAAAUUCGCAUAGUGCAGGUGCACAAUGUUGGGUUGGUGUUUACUGACCGUACUGUUACGUGUGCAGUUCUUUGAAUGGUUUUGCACUCCACUGAAAAUUGCAGCACACCACUUAUGCACACACACACACACACACACACAAAUGCAUUCUCAAAAGUGCAGUGCUGAGGGUUAGUUGGAUACCUUGUUAAUCAACCGCAAUACUUUCAAACCACAGUGCAAGGACAGGAGAUUAAGUUUGACAUUGGUCGAAAAAACGUUAAUGUAUGUUGGAGGACAGCCUCUCAGAAGUACACACGUCUCUGUGCGUUCAUAUCCCGGCUUUGUGCUAAAGUACAAAAUGUGAACUGUGUGCACGCUGGAAGACUCUGGUAAAUUAGAACAAUGCUGAAUGAAUUGUAUUAUUUUGAUUAAAAGUAUUGAAGUUCUGUAUGUGAAGAUUUUUUAAAGUGCUCUGUAAUAUGCCCCAGAUAACUUUUCAAAUUGUAAUGGCAAAUCUAUAGCCUACUUGCCUAAUCACAUCUAAUCUACCACAUUACACUCCCCCCGUGACCCAAAUAAAAUCGAUAAUUUUAUUUUUCAACCAGAUAAA